AUGAACUACGGCCUGGACUCGCUGUUCGUCGGCCCCGGCGCCGGCGGCGCCUUCGUGUACCGCAAGGAGCGCUCGGCGGCGUCGCGCUCGGCCUCGCUGGCCUCCAGCGGCUUCCACUCGCAGGCGCUGUCGCAGUGCGGGGCGCCGUGCUGGUCGCGGGGCUCCCGGCGCCUGGGCGCGGCGGCGACGGGCUCGCUGAGCCAGCUGGGCGCCUCCACCGAGAGCCUCGAGUCGUCGCUGAACGGCGAGCUGCGGGCGCGCAACGAGAAGGAGGUGCUGCAGGCGCUCAACGACCGCUUCGCCGGCUACAUCGACAAGGUGCGGCAGCUGGAGGAGCAGAACCGGCAGCUGGAGGCCGAGGCGGCGGCGCUGCGGCAGCAGCAGGCCGGCCGCUCGGCCAUCGGGGAGCUCUACGAGCGCGAGAUCCGCGACAUGCGCGGCUCGCUGGUGCAGCUGGGCGCCGAGAAGGGGCAGCUGCGGCUGGAGCAGGAGCGCCUGGAGGAGGACGUGGCGCACCUGCGCCAGCGCCUCGACGACGAGGCCCGCCAGCGCGACGAGGCCGAGGCGGCGGCGCGGGCGCUGGCCCGCUUCGCCGACGAGGCGCAGCGCGGCCGCGCCGAGCUGGAGAAGAAGCUGCAGGCGCUGCGCGACGAGGGCCACUUCCUGCGCCGCAGCCACGACGACGACGUGGCCGAGCUGCUGCUCCAGGUGCAGGCCGGCGCCGGCGGCGCCCAGGCCGCCCUCGAGGCCCGCGACGCCGCGCUCAAGGCCGACGUCACCUCGGCGCUCCGGGAGAUCCGCGCCCAGCUGGAGGGCCACGCCGUCAAGAGCACGCUGCAGUCGGAGGAGUGGUUCCGAGUGAGAUUGGACAAGCUGUCAGAAGUUGCCAGAGUGAAUACAGAUGCCAUCCGCUCAGCCCAGGAAGAGAUUUCCGAAUACCGCCGACAGUUGCAAUCCAAAACUACUGAGCUUGAAGCUCUCAAAGGGACCAAGGAGUCAUUGGAGAGGCAGAGGGGUGACUUAGAAGAUCGCCACCAUGUUGAUGUUCUGUCUUAUCAGGAGACAAUUGCACAGCUGGACAAUGAGCUGAGAAAUACCAAGUGGGAGAUGGCAGCCCAGCUCCGGGAAUACCAAGAUCUGCUCAAUGUCAAAAUGGCCCUGGAUAUAGAGAUUGCUGCAUACAGGAAGCUUUUGGAAGGAGAAGAGUGCCGCAUGGGAGCAGGUUUGGGACCAUUCCCUUUUCCUGAAGCCCUCCCCAAAGUCCCUAGCAUUUCCACUCAUAUCAAAGUCAAAAGCGAAGAGAAAAUAAAAGUGGUGGAGAAGUCAGAGAAGGAGACAGUGAUUGUAGAAGAGCAGACAGAGGAAAUCCAAGUGACCGAAGAGGUCACGGAAGAAGAUGGAGGUGAGAAAAAAGAAGGGGAGGAAGAGGAGGAGGAGGGAGGAGAAGAGGAAGAAGGAAAGGAGGAGAAAGAAGAGGAGGCAAAAGAGGAGAAGGAAGAAUCUGAAGAAGGAGAGGGUGAGGAGGAGGAAGGGGCUGUGUCCCCGGAGAAAGGCAAAGAGUCUCCUUCCACAGAAGCAGCUACAUCCCCAGAACAGGAACCUGCAGACAAAGAAGCAGCAGUCAAAUCUCCAGAUAAAAUUAAGUCCCCAGCAAAGGAAGAAGCCGAAUCUCCCACAGCAAAAUCCCCAGCAAAGGCUGCCUCUCCCACAAAGAAAGAGGCCAAAUCCCCCUCCAAAGUGAAGUCCCCAACCAAAGAAGAGCCCAGGUCUCCUGGGAAGUUUCUGUCCCCCACCAAAGAUGAAGGCAAGUCCAUAGAGAAGGCCAAGUCCCCAGUAAAGUCUCCAGUAGUUAAAUCUCCAGAGAAGGCAGCAACCCCUACAAAGGAGGAGGUGAAGUCUCCAGAGAAGGCAGCAACCCCUACAAAGGAGGAGGUGAAGUCUCCAGAGAAGGCAGCAACCCCUACAAAGGAGGAGGUGAAGUCUCCAGAGAAGAUCAAAUCUCCAUCAAAGGAGGAGGCCAAGCCUCCAGAGAAGGUCAAGUCUCCAUCAAAGGAGGAGGCCAAGCCUCCAGAAAAGGAGGCAGCUACCCCAAAGGAACCUGCCAAGCCACCUCAGGAGGAAGCAAAGGCAGGUGUGAAAGAAGAGAAAGGAAAAGAGAAAGAAGAGGAGAAAGCUCCAGCAAAAGCCAAAAUGGAAGAGAAGAAGGAAAGCAAGAAAGAAGAAGAACCCAAAAAGGAAGCCACAACCAAGGAUGUGCAGAAACCUGAAGUCAAGGUAGUGGAGGAGAAGAAGGCCAAGACUGAGGACAAAGGUGAUCAGAAGAAAGACACCAAGCCUGAGCCGCCUGCCCCCAAGGAGGAGAAGGAGGCAGCUGCUAAAGCUGAAGAGCCCAAAGUGAAGGAAAGGGCGCCAGCAGCUCCAAAACCCAAAGAGCCUGAGAAAGAGGAGAAAGCAGCAAAGAAAGAGCCUGAGCCAAAACCUCAAGAGAAAGAUUCAAAGGCCAAGGAACCAAGCAAGCCAGCUGAGAAGGAAUCUGAGAAACCAAAGGCAGAAGAGAAGAAAGAAGAACUCAAAAAGGAGAAAGUUGAGCCCAAGAAGGAUCAGGAAGAGAAACCCAAAAGUGAAGCUAAGCCUAAAGAAGAGGCCAAGAAGGAACCCUCCAAAGACUCCAAGGAGACACCCAAAUCAGAGCCUGAGAAAGAAGCAGCCAAGCCCAAGACAGAGAAAGUGGAAAAAUCCUCCAGCACAGACCCCAAAGACAGCAAAACCACAGAAAAAGUUGAGUCAGCUGAGAAGAAGAGUGAGAAGUGA